AUCGGGCGGUUCGUCCGGAUCAAUAUUUUCAGAAGGAAAUCACACUAUCGUGUAUACAGCCACUGAUGGAUCGGGAAAUACGGCAGAAUGUAUCGUAACCUUUACUAUAAGCGUUCUGCGAUGUCCACUUCUAACUCCUCCUAACAACGGUAGAAUUAAAGGGAUUUGCUCGAGACUCAAGGAUUCUAGAUGCGAUUUUGAGUGCGAUCAAGGUUUCAAUCUUACCCAUAAUGCCCCACUCUGUAUUGUCAUGAAUUCAGAUGCAUCAUGGGAUGGACCUGUUCCUUCAUGUAUAGGUUUACAAUGCGAAGAAGAUGAAGUGCUUCUCCCGAACGGCCAAACGCUGAUAUUCAACCAAACGGAAGUAGGAAAGCGCGCUAAUGCCCCGAUCAUCUGCGCAACAAGCAACGCAGAUCACUUUCACAAUGUAAGCCGUCUGUGUUAUUACAACGAGUCAGCAGGGGCUUCCUGGCUGGAUCCUUUAUAUCAGCAAUGCUUGGCCAACAAUCCAACUAAUGGAUCUAACGCCAACUCCAACAAAACUCAGCCUUCUACCAUCGAUGCUCUCAUUUCGAACCCCGAUAACAUCCAACUCGACUUCGUUGCCUCACUCCUAGAAGAUACCAGUCUCACGCCAAAGGUAAACAAAAAUAACGAAAUAAUUCCCUUUCCACAAAAAAUCCUAUAGCUCUUCGACCGGCAGAUCGGGGAAAAUGUGAUUGAAAAUAUGUUCCGACCCUUGUCUGCCAUCUAUGUUGAUCUCAUCAUGUUUUUGUCUUGGUCACCCUUAUAAUGUGAUAGGUAAUCAUAAUCAAGCAAACUAAGUACACCACGGCUACAAUUUUAACUGCAAAAUUGGGUUCAUUACAGAUUGUAACAAUAUAUCACCAUAAUUUCUUGUUUGAAUUUGGAUGAUUGUUUUUUUUUUUUUAAUUGUUCUUUUCUAUCAUAGUUUUACUUGAAAUAGAGGAUAGAUAAAAGAAUAAUAUAAUGAUGAUAUGAUGCUUCGGUGAGAUUGUUAUUGUGUCCGUGAUCAUCGGAUUUAAAUAAAAAGAACGAUAUCUUUCAUAAAUUAGCACAAAUUAGCAUAGUGAGAUUUAACCAUUUCUAUUAAAAAAACUUUCUUGGAGCAAAAAUCAGAUUUAAGAGGUAUGACGCUCUCCUCUCUUUAGAUGUUCAUGCUUUAUUUGUUCCCCCGAUGAUACUCUAAGAGCCUUUUAAAAGAUAAUACGUAGCAAUGAUAUUUUUAGAUGUUGUUUUUAUUAUGUUUUUUUUUUUUUUUGGGGGGGGUUCUCGGAAACUAUAUCUUGUAAAAGUCAAAGUGGAUGUUUUGUACAGAGAGUUGAAACAUUUAAAACACGAAAAUGUCUUUUAAAAAUUAUCUUUUUCUUCGAUAGAAAUAUUUUAUUCAAAAUCGAAUACGAAAAACCAUUCAUUCAUUUUAACAAAAAUAUCAAGAAACAGACAUGAUAAAAAAAUGUUUCAUGAGGAAUGAAAUGUAUUAAUGUAUGUAUUAAGACAUUUUAAAGAAUUCUGAGCCCUUUGGAAAUGUUAUAAAACAUCAUAUAGUCCUACUGGAUUUCUGCACAUACGGAUUUCUGAUUCCAGAAUAAUAAUACGCCUACUUUUUAAUCCACAUUUAGAACGUCCUAUGACAGUCGCCAUCAUUAAAGCACUCUAAAACACAACAUGUCUAAUUGACUAGAUCAGUCACAUUUCUUACUGUAUUGUAUUUAGUGAGAAA